AUGCCUCCUAAUCAUUUUUUUACAGUCUUUUAUAUUGUUAUCAGUGAUUAUACUGACUCUUUUGACAUUGCCGACUCAUUUGUUCAGGCCAGCACGAGUUAUGUCGCUGUCACGCAUCCAGAAGACGCAGGAUCGCUUCCCGAGUCCUAUCUAUCGCAAAUAAAGGCGCACUCGGACUAUCUGACCAACACGUACGCUCGUCCACCACUCAUUCUUUCACACGGCAAGGGCUCGUGGGUGUUCGAUGUUAUCGGACGCAAGUACCUCGAUUUCAGUGCAGGUAUUGCCGUCAACGCUCUUGGACACGGCGAUGAGCAGAUUGCUCAGCUCGCUGGAGAACAAGCCGGCAGGAUGAUCCAUACUAGCAACGUCUGGUAUAAUGAAUGGGCAGGCGAGCUCGCACAACUUCUUGUCGAGACUACGAGACAGCAUGGUGGGUUGGGAUUCGCGCCUGGUGGAAAAGAACAGCGUGGUGAGGGGGGUGCAAAAGUCUUCUUCUCCAAUUCGGGGACAGAGGCAAACGAGGGUGCGAUCAAGUUUGCGCGCAAGUAUGGAAAAGAGACUUGGGCAAAUGAGAUGACGAAUGGAGUCGGCGCUGCGCGCAAAUGGGAGGAUUCGACAAAGACCAAAGUGAUCCAUUUCACAAACGCGUUCCAUGGGCGCUCGAUGGGUGCACUAUCUGCAACGGCGAAUCCCAAGUAUCAACUCCCCUUUACGCCACUCAUUCCUGGAUUUGAGCUCGUGCAGUAUGGGGAUAUCGAUGGCUUCCGCGCAAGGAUAGAUGAGGACACUUGUGCCGUACUCGUCGAACCAAUUCAAGGUGAAGGCGGCGUACAUGAAGCCAGUGAAGAGUUCUUUAGAACUUUACGCGCCGAGUGCGACCGCGUCGGUGCAGUGUUGAUCUUUGAUGAGAUUCAGUGUGGUCUCUUCCGCUCAGGCUCCAUGUGGGCACACUCUAAACUUCCACUGGAUUGUCAUCCAGACAUUGUCACCAUGGCGAAGCCGCUCGCAAACGGAUUCCCCAUCGGUGCCAUUAUGGUCCGAGACCACAUCGCCAACACUAUCACACCAGGCUCGCAUGGCACCACCUUUGGCGGCUCGGUCUUUGCCACGCGCCUCGCACACCACGUCCUCACGCGGCUAUCCUCGCCCACGUUGACCGCGCACAUCGACAGCGUCGCCAAGCACCUCGAUUCGCGCCUCUCCAAACUCGAGACCUACUUCCCGGAUCUCGACACGACCGUACCAUCAAGGCUCGUCGAUGCCGCUCGUCAACGAGGCGUGCUGCUAUUGACGGCUGGCAAAGACGCGGUUCGUCUCGUCCCAAGCUUGAACGUUGAACGUGCAGAGGUCGACUUUGCUUUGGAUGUGAUUGAGAGCGUGCUUAGCACAUUGGCAACCAAGUAA